AUGUUCGCGUCAUCCAUCGGUGCUCGGUCGCAGUCGGCAAGAACCUACUUGGAGAGGCAUUUGGACAAGUUCCGAACAGCGAGUGCUGAUGAAUUGAUUCGCCAUGCUCUUCUGGCUUUGCGAGAUACUCUACCCGCGGAAGAGAAUUUAACGAACCAGGUACUG